UGGUUCAAUGGCUAGGCUCACCAGGCCAUAUGGGCUGAGAAUACUGCAGCCUGUGAUCCCUCCACUGUCAAGAGAAGGAAGUGUUCACUGCUCUGUGAAACCAGCCUCAUGCGGAUCCCUCCGUUCUAGUGACCAGGAGAUCUGAGCCUUCGCCCAAAUCCCAUGGCCCAACUCUCAACUUGGAGUGGGCAGGCCAGCAUAAUGUACCCUACAGCCCAACCUGUUAAGACACAAUCAUGUUCCAUCACCUUGUUGCUCCCACAUGGGUUACAAGUUGGUGUAAAUCAACUCAGCGAACAAUUGGCUGUGUUGGAAGUUUAUAAACCAUUGCAUAUUCUAUGUUUUAAACGAUGUGGGACAUUUUAUUGCUCAGAUAUAUUAUGGUCUUGAGUUGGAAACAUUCAUGUCACUUGUCACAUCGUAUGCAUGCUUAGUUUAGUUCAUAUUUAUCCACUCUUUUCAUAAAGCAUAACUAUACAAUAAUUUAUCAUGUCUAUAGUGGCAUAUAUAUAAUUGUUCAGCUUCACCACAGAAAUUAACCUUGCCUCAAACUAGUUUGUGUGGACAAGUCUCUUUAGUGGCUUUGCUGGCUUAUGAUUCUCAUACUAUAUUUUAUCCUUAGUUCAAAGUGGAGUUGAUAAUGACUGAAAAUUAUUAUCAUUAUUAUAUGUGCAUGUUUGUUAGAAAACAAACAAACAAGCAUUGACACCAUUUUAGUUUUAAAAUUAGGACUAAACUUGCAUACAUCUUUUAAAAAAUGAUAGAGGCAGUAGAGAACAGUAGGAACAGUGCCUAUAGCACUAUACCAAAGUUUUAUCCUUCAACCUAAAUAUGAUUUUGAUAUAUUGAUAUUUGUCAUUUUCCUUAAAUAGCUAGGAAUGACAAGUGCAGUGCAAACUGUGUGUGGACAAGCUUAUGGAGCCAAAAAACAUGCAGCAAUGUGCAUCACAUUGCAGAGAGAAAUCAUCUUACAUUUUGGUGCAGCAGUGACUCUCACAUUUCUCUAUUGGUUCUCUGGAGAUUUUCUAAAAGCCAUGGGGCAGACAGAGAGCAUUGCUGCACAAGGUCAAAUGUUCGCUCGCGGACUUAUUCCUCAACUCUAUGCAUUUGCAUUCAGCUGUCCAAUUCAGAGGUCUUCGCAGGCGCAGAAUAUUGUUAAUCAUCAGACAUAUAUGGCAGUUGGAGUAUUCCUUCUUCAUAUGCUUUUUAGCUGGCUAGUCGUCUAUGUUUUAGGCUAUAGCCUUCUCGGGGCAGCCCUCACUCUCAGCUUUUCUUGGUGGAUUCUUGUCUUUUUUAAUGGAUUGUACAUCCUUUUUAGCCCAACAUGCAAGGAAACUUGGAUUGGUUUCACUGUGAAAGCCUUCAUAGGAAUUUGGCCUUACUUGAAGCUCACAGUUGCUUCUGCUGCGAUGUUAUGCUUGGAUAUAUGUUACAAUCAGGGACUAUUGCUUGUUUCAGGCCUGCUAUCUAAUCCCACAGUGGCACUAGAUUCUAUUUCCAUUUGCAUGAAUUACUUAGACUGGGAUAUGCAAGUUAUGUUGGGCCUUGGUGCAGCAGCAAGGGUGCGAGUUAGCAGAGUUAGGAGCAGAUCAUCCAAGAGUAGCAAAAUUUUCUGUCUUCGUCGUGAAUGCAAAUAGCAUCCUCAUUAGCAUAUUUUUGUCCGCCAUGAUUUUGAUAUUCAUGGUUGGCUUGAGCGACCUUUUCACUUCUGACUCCGAAGUAAUUGAAGCUGUAUCUGACUUGACUCCAUUGCUUGCCAUUUCUGUCCUUCUAAUUGGCAUUCAAUCUACACUGUCAGAUAAAAUACUACCAUUUACUGUUUUAAAAUAAAAUAAAAUAAAAUUAUAUGCAUGAGCACCAUAUAUGGUUUUUCCAUACUUCUGAAUCUGAUCCCACCUUUUGUUUGCUGUUACUUUGAAAAUUUCAGGUAUUGCUAUUGGAAUUAGAUGGAAAGGUUUGGUGACUUAUGUAAACUUGGUUUGCUACUAUGUCAUUAGUCUUACUGUUGGAUGUGUUCUUGGCUUUAAAACUUUUUUUAGGAGUAACUGUAAGUUUAAAACAUUUCUCUCACUGAUUAUAGUUUAUUAAAUUGGUAGAGUUAGAUUAAUGAAAUGAAUGCAAUUGUGAUUUCUUUGGGAAUUUGGUGGGGAAUGAUCCUUGGAGUUUUUCUACAGACUGUUAUACUAUUAGUUCUGACUGCCAGAACAAAUUGGGGUGCAGAGGUAAUCAAAACUUUUUUUUGCCUAGACUAUAAGAUUUUAUCUGUUUCAUGUUCAACAUGAAUUGUUUGUCACUUGGGAAGGUGUGAAAUAAUUUAUAAUGUUGUUGUAGGUUGAAAAAGCUAUUGUUCGUGCUAAGAGGUCUGCUGAAGACGAGACCUUUGAUCAACUGGUUGCCGACGUAUAGAGGCAUUUCUCUAACUGUAACUUUUAUAUUCCAGGCAUGGAAGAACACUUUAACAACAUAUUAGUUAGGACUGGAGUUGAUAAUGGUGGAUACAAAUAUCGAGGAGUUGAGAAUCUGAGAUUUAUCUGUUUCCUUAUUUAUGCCGCAUCUCUUCCACGAAAGCAUGCUUUUCUCUUCAAAUUGCCACUGCCAAUACACUCUCUGUCCUUUCUCCUCUUGGUCUUGAAACCCUUUUUCAUACUAACAUCUAUCUUUCAGCAUAUUCUAAAUCUGUUUUAGAAAAUGUUGAAACUUUGAGGAAGUGAUUCUUUGGGCUGAGUAAAGAUCAGCAAAUAUUUCUAUCUGGUAUUUUGAAACACACUGAUGUAUAUAACAAGUCAAAUUUGUCUGUACUUUUACAUUUAAAAAAGGGCUUCCGAGUAGAUGAUUCAUCGACAUUGCUCUUAGAAAAGUUUUGUAGAUUGACCGGUUUCUUAGAAAUUAUCUGGAGUUGAUUCAAUCGGCUCGAAGGCCAUCAAUUUUGCUUACAUGCUGCAUUUGUGCUUCUUAAAGUUGCACAUGAGUUAUUUUGUUCCUUCUUUUUUAUUGUUAACUUGUAAAAACAGUUGUUAUAUUUAUUGUUCAACUUGUUUGAUCUAUGAAUAUUUAUAUUCUCAACUUAAAUGGGAUAGCUCAAAAACAAUUUAUCUACUUACAUAUCUGAAUUCAGUUUCCAUCAAGCAAUUUCUGAACAGUUGCUUCUAUAUAUUCUUUUGAAAAGGCAAAAUAUUUUUCUGCAUAAUAUGAACAAAAAUGGUACAACUUAACAAGUAUAGUGUCCAUGGCUGAAUUUAGAUCAUGAAGAUCCACACCAAUGUCUAUGAAUAUAUUGCUACGUUAAAACAAUACUUACCAGUUUAUUUAUUUUAUUGCAACUCACUUAACUACUCCACUAAAUGUUGGAGAAAUUUCCUAAAUAUAUAUAUUUGGAAGCUUGCAAUGAUUAAAUUGAUGUAAUGAUAUCAUUUUAACAUAUUGUAUAUCAUAUGGUUUGAUGGUUGUGUUGUAGGAAUUAUGCUUGAAGCAGACCAGCGAAUAUAUUUGGAAGUUUGCAAUGAUUGUAAUGAUAUCACUUUAACAUAUUGUAUAUGAGUCUAAUUGUCACAGACAGUGCCAUAACUCUUUGAAAAUUCUUCCAUAGUUGCUUAUAUUUUGAUAAAUUUCAGCAAAUUUUUGUUCUUAACUGCCUUCAAUUUAAUUAUUCUACACUGUUAUAUUGGCCUUGGUGCCAUUUAAUGCUCUCAAAGCCGAUAUUAAGCCAACUACUUUAAAUCUUCAUAUAUAAUGCAUAAUAUGGAGAGAAAAUAGGGUGUUGAAUGAAAUUAUAAAAUUUGGAGGUGUGUAUUUACAUUUAUAUUGUUGUUUAACAAAACAAAAUACAACUAUUUAAUUUUGGCAACAAUAAUGCCUAUACAUAAUGCAAUAGUUCAGGUGAGAUUCAGACAUUCUUAAAUGUGGGCCUAAGAAGUGACAUGUAAGUGGCACUUUUGUACCCCAAAAACACUCAGAAGAACAAUAUUGACCCACCUAAAAGUCUUAU